UCCCCAGCACCGGAGCGAAUGACUUCUCCCUCCGUGGGGCGGGAGGCUGGCUCGUCGCCACCCGCGAGGACCUGCGAUCGCGCGGCGCCCGCCAGUCAGCCUGCCGGCACCAGCCUCCCUCCGGCGCCCGGGACCAUGGCCACCGACUCGUGGGCCCUGGCGGUGGACGAGCAGGAAGCGGCGGCCGAGUCGUUGAGCAACUUGCACCUUAAGGAAGAGAAAACCAAACCAGAUGCCAAUGGUGCUGUUAAGACCAAUGCAAACGCAGAGAAGACAGAUGAAGAAGAGAAAGAGGACAGAGCUGCGCAGUCGUUACUCAACAAGCUGAUCCGAAGCAACCUCGUGGAUAACACGAACCAGGUGGAGGUCCUGCAGCGGGACCCCAACUCCCCGCUCUACUCCGUCAAGUCCUUCGAGGAGCUGCGCCUGAAACCCCAACUUCUCCAGGGAGUCUAUGCCAUGGGUUUCAACCGCCCCUCCAAGAUACAAGAGAACGCCUUGCCCUUGAUGCUUGCUGAACCCCCACAGAACUUAAUCGCGCAGUCUCAGUCUGGUACUGGCAAAACAGCUGCCUUUGUGUUGGCCAUGCUCAGCCAAGUAGAACCUGCCAACAGAUACCCUCAGUGUCUGUGUCUCUCCCCAACGUAUGAGCUCGCCCUUCAAACAGGAAAAGUGAUUGAACAGAUGGGCAAAUUUUACCCUGAGCUGAAACUGGCUUAUGCUGUUCGAGGCAAUAAAUUGGAGCGGGGUCAGAAGAUCAGCGAGCAGAUCGUCAUCGGCACCCCUGGCACCGUCCUCGACUGGUGCUCCAAGCUCAAGUUCAUCGACCCCAAGAAGAUUAAAGUGUUUGUUCUGGAUGAGGCCGACGUGAUGAUCGCGACUCAGGGCCACCAGGACCAGAGCGUCCGCAUCCAGAGGAUGCUGCCCAGGAACUGCCAGAUGCUGCUGUUCUCUGCCACGUUCGAAGACUCAGUGUGGAAGUUUGCCCAGAAAGUGGUCCCCGAGCCCAACAUCAUCAAGCUGAAGCGCGAGGAGGAGACGCUGGACACCAUCAAGCAGUACUACGUGCUGUGCAGUAACCGUGACGAGAAGUUCCAGGCCCUGUGCAACCUCUACGGGGCCAUCACCAUCGCGCAGGCCAUGAUCUUCUGCCACACUCGCAAAACCGCCAGUUGGCUGGCAGCCGAGCUGUCCAAGGAAGGCCACCAGGUGGCGCUGCUGAGCGGCGAGAUGAUGGUGGAGCAGCGGGCAGCAGUGAUCGAGCGCUUCCGCGAGGGCAAAGAGAAGGUGCUGGUCACCACCAACGUGUGCGCCCGCGGCAUCGAUGUGGAGCAGGUGUCCGUCGUCAUCAACUUUGACCUCCCGGUGGACAAGGACGGGAACCCCGACAAUGAGACCUACCUGCACCGCAUCGGGCGCACGGGCCGCUUCGGCAAGAGGGGCCUGGCGGUGAACAUGGUGGACAGCAAGCACAGCAUGGACAUCCUCAACAGGAUCCAGGAGCACUUCAAUAAGAAAAUCGAGAGAUUGGACACGGAUGACCUGGACGAGAUUGAGAAGAUAGCCAACUGAGGCGUCCCGGGUACCCGGUGCCCGCUGGCGCUGCCCCUGCGCGGGAGACUCGCGCUUUCCCGGCCCGGCCUCGGCUGUCACCGAGACAAAAGGCGCGAGCCGCGACAAACUACCUACCUCAUUUCAAUUACGUUUGGACUUGACAAAAAUUGUACAAAUGAUGGGGGAUGGUAGAGAAAAAAUGUUUACACAACUUUUGAAGAUUAGGCGUGAAUACACAGAAAUUUACCUUU